UUAAACUGAUGCAAUUCCAUUCGGAAAUCAUGAGAUGAAAUGAUGCAGCGAAACUUGUAUAUUUUUAUACACACGUAUUUUUACACGGAUAUCAAUGUAAGCCUCGCGAGCUACAUUAUUAGCUGUCGUGAUUAAAGAUAAGCAAUCUCUCUCACACACACCCACACAGAAGAGAUAAUCAGCAAGAAAUAGAUACAAAGAAUCUUAUGAGAGAUAUAAGAAUGCUUAUAUCUCUCAUGAGAUUCUUUAAGCACUCAAAGGCGCACGCGGCCGAAAGUGUGCAUUACAAACGCUUGUUAUUUAUGUGCCAUAGCAACUUAUCUGAACGUACGCGCACAUGAAUUUUACCAAAUGACUCAUGAGCCAUGAGAUGUAUUAUUAUUCAUGAGUUGAAUACGUGCGCACAUGAGUUUGUGCGUUUCCGAACCCUGUCAAUCUGUAAAUACAAAUGAUAAUUUUAUGUAUUAUAUAAAUAAAAGAACCGAUAGAGCACUUCAGUGCUCAUCAUGAACAUAAAUAACCGUCAAAAAGUUCCGUUGCAUUGCAUUUCUAAUUUCAAAGAAAAAAAAUGAAAGAGAGAGAGAGAGAGAGAGAAGCUAAAAAUGUUUACUCGAUUGUGUUUUCUUGUUUCAUCUUCCAAAUACUUGCCAAUAAAACAGCUAUGUUGCAUCAGCUGCAUAUGUGUAAAUAACGCAACGAUCCAGAACACAUGCGCAGUGCGCAAUGCGGAAGAUGCGACUUUGCAAUAUCUCCUCGCCGUCCAUGCGGCGACACGCAUUUUACAGAUGAUUAAAUUAUCAAAAUGUAUCCUCGUAGAUAAUGAUAAGAAAUCUUCUCCGACAGUUGUCUCCGCUGUUCGUAUAAAGUCCACGCGUUUAAUCAGGUUUUGUACUGUCGCGGAGAAAUCGUAGCGAUCGAGACGUCUCGCCGUGCGAUCUUUUUAUAUUCGUUGACUGGUAACUGGUAAACUUGAAAGAAAUCAAAUUUACAUAAUCAUAUUCCUGUAAAAAAGUAUAAUGUCAGAAAUACAAGUGCUGGACGGAGGAUUUGCCACUCAACUGGCCACUCACGUAGGCGAAAAGAUCGAUGGGGAUCCUCUGUGGACGGCGCGUUUUCUUGUCACGAACUCGGGCGCCGUCUCCGCUACUCACCUGGACUUCUUACGAGCCGGCGCCGACAUCAUACAGACAAACACGUAUCAAGCGACAAUCGACGGUUUCGUAAAAUAUCUAGGCGCCAGCGAGAACGAGAGUCUCGAGAUAAUUCGCAACGCCGUCAGUUACGCUAAAGAUGCAGUGAACGUGUACAGACGUGAAAUAAAAGAUGAUGCAAGUGUGACGAACCGGAAACCGUUGAUUGUUGGAUCUUGCGGACCUUACGGGGCUUGUCUGCACGACGGUUCGGAGUACACGGGCUCGUACGGCACACGAGUGUCCCGAGAAUUUUUGGUCGACUGGCACAGACCUCGUGUGCGCGUAUUACUGGAAGAAGGCGUUGAUCUUCUGGCGUUAGAAACAAUACCUUGCGUGCGCGAAGCGGAAGCUGUGAUCGAUCUUCUGAGAGAAUUUCCGGAUGCACGGGCGUGGUUGUCCUUCUCGUGUAGAGACGACGGUAAGAGCUUAGCGGAUGGCAGCAACUUUCAAGAGACCGCAAUGAGGUGUUACAAAAACGCGCUACCUGGACAAAUAUUAGCGAUCGGUGUUAAUUGCAUCGCUCCGCAGCGCGUCACUACUCUGCUGAAAGAUAUCAAUAAAGACAAUACGGACGAUUUUAUACCGUUGGUGGUUUACCCGAACAGCGGAGAAAAGUAUAUAAUAUCCGAGGGAUGGAUGAAAGAGGGAGAGACUCCUCCUUUAUGCGAGUUUAUCGACGAGUGGCUGGAUCUUGGCGUUCGCUACAUAGGCGGAUGUUGUAGAACAUAUGCUACCGAUAUCAAACAGAUACGCUCCAAAGUGGAUCAACGGCAAAAACAACAUAGAAAUAAAUUAAUUUAACAAUUAUUAAGAAUUCUAUGUGAUUUUCACGACAAUAGGAAUACGCACGCUUUUUGUAACAUUGUACGAUUUUAUAGAGCAAACUGCUCGUGUUUUGAUACUGUCACGUGCCAUAACUAAGAUUUUACUGUCUUUUGUACAAAACAUAACAAAAUACAAAUAAAGCAUUAUAUAUAUUGUAUAAAGUGCUAAAUUAUAAUACAAGUAAGCAUUAUAUUUAAAAAAAUUUUUUUUUAUUAAUAAACAUUUAUACAAAACUCUCACAAAUGUUUUAAUCUUGAGUCAUGACGUGUCAUAUACUGCAGAAAAUGUCAUGUUCUUAACUCCCAACUACUUUAAGUGUAUCUCAUUAAUUUUUUUAUAAUAUAUAAUAUAUAAACAUCUCUUUAUUUAUAUAUUUGAAACACUUUUAUACAU